GCGCUCCUGGCCCUGGGCGCCGAGAACAGCUCGGGCAACACGACGGAGCGCGCCCCGGCGGCGCCCAGCAGCGACCUGGACGUGAACACGGACAUUUACUCCAAAGUGCUGGUGACGGCCGUGUACCUGGCGCUCUUCGUGGUGGGCACGGUGGGCAACGCGGUGACGGCGUUCACGCUGGCGCGCCGGAAGCCGCUGCAGAACCUGCAGAGCACGGUGCACUACCACCUGGGCAGCCUGGCGCUGUCCGACCUGCUCACCCUGCUGCUGGCCAUGCCGGUGGAGCUGUACAACUUCAUCUGGGUCCACCACCCCUGGGCCUUCGGGGACGCCGUCUGCCGCGGCUACUACUUCCUGCGUGAUGCCUGCACCUACGCCACGGCCCUCAACGUGGCCAGCCUCAGCGUGGAGCGCUAUCUGGCCAUCUGCCACCCCUUCAAGGCCAAGACCCUCAUGUCCCGCAGCCGCACCAAGAAGCUCAUCAGCGCCGUCUGGUUGGCCUCCGCGCUGCUGGCUGUGCCCAUGCUGUUCGCCAUGGGCCAGCAGAACCGUAGCGCAGACGGCCAGCACCCUGGCGGCCUGGUGUGCACCCCUGUGGUGGACCCCACCACCAUCAAAGCAGUCAUCCAGGUCAAUGCCUUUGUGUCCUUCGUCCUCCCCAUGGUGGUCAUCUCCAUCCUGAACACUAUCAUCGCCAACAAGCUGACCGUCAUGGUGCGCCAGGCGGCCGAGCAGGGCCAGGUCUGCACACUGGGCGGCCAGCAGACCACGUUUAACAUCACCAUCGAGCCUGGCCGGGUACAGGCCCUGCGACACGGUGCCCGCGUCCUGCGUGCCGUGGUCAUCGCCUUUGUCGUGUGCUGGCUGCCCUACCAUGUGCGCCGCCUCCUGUUCUGCUACGUGUCUGAGGAGCAGUGGACCCCGUUCCUGUAUGACUUCUACCACUACUUCUACAUGCUGACCAACGCCCUCUUCUACGUCAGCUCCACCAUCAACCCCAUCCUCUACAACCUGGUCUCCGCCAACUUCCGCCAGAUCUUCCUGUCCACGCUGGCCUGCCUCUGUCCCCUGUGGCGCAGGAAAAGACGGCCAGCACUGUCCAGGAAAGCCAACAGCGUGUCCAGCAACCACACUUUCUCCAGCAAUGUCACCCGGGAGACACUCUACUAGGGCAGGGCAGAGAUGGAGGGCACCCCCGGAGCUGGGCAGGGUCAGUGGGGUGGGGGGGUCUGGCUGACCCGGCGCCAUUGCUCCAGCCUCCCCCAUGUUCCAUCCCUGCCCCCUCCUGUCCUCUUGAAAGCCAGCGAGCAAGUCCCCUGCCUUCCACACACACGCACCCAGACCCCAGCAGCUGCAGCUGCCCAGGGUGGACAGGUGGGCGGUGGGCCCGCCACCGGGCAGUGGCUGUGCUGGCACAAUGGCGUCUCUGUUGCUGGCCCGGGAGGGCAGGGUGAUCACUGCUGCCUGGCCUGCCUGUGGCUAUGGUUCUGGCUGGCUGCCUCCUGCCCAGGGCGUUGGCCCUGACCUCCAGGCCUGCCCCUCCGUCAUAGCCCUCCCAACUCCACAGAGGCAAUUCUGAGGCAGGGGCUGCCCUCCUUCAGGCC